UGUUGUUAGUAUUUGCUUGCUAUUUGAAAUUGAUUUGGUGUUUAGUUUAAAACAAAAUUUUAAAUCUCUUCAAAUAUAAUUAUCAAAUAAACCUAAAAUUUUAAUUAAAGUAGUUACCUUCAACUCAUAUUAUUGACGAUAAACAUAAAUGAAUAUUUAGAUAUGCGUAUAAAUAAUUUAUCUCGUGCUGUUCUAUCCUCACCAAACCAACGAGAAAAUAAUGAUGUACCAACAAGCUCCAGAACAUUGUUAUUAUUAAAAUUCGAUGCUUUGGUACAUGUGAAUCAUACCGAAGAUCAACGAGAAGCCCAUCAAAAACGUUUAAAAAAUCUACGAAAAGAAUUACUUGAUAAUUUCAAUAAUUUAUCAUGGAAAUAUCAACCGAUAGAAAAGUAUAUUGGUCAAUCAUAGUUUCAAUUUUUCCAUUAACAUUAGGUUUACAUUAUGUUUGGCAGUAUGUACGUAAAAUUUUAAAUGAUGAUGAAGAUGUAGAAAGAAAAUUAAAAAUUACUUUAGAAAGUUUAGAAUCGGAUUCCGAAUCUGAAUGUGAAAAUGAUUAUAAUGAUAUUACUGUUCAAACAAACACAAGUUUACAUUGCAUUGGUACAAUUACAACAUUAGAAAAUGAUUAUGGUUUAAUUGAUGAAAAAUUUUAUUUUAAAACUGAUAAAUGUGUUAACUUAAAAUUAGGUGAUCGUGUUUCAUUUAUCGUUUAUAAGUUAAACGACGAUGAUACUCAUAUCGUUAAGAAUAUACAGAAAUAUAAUACAGAUUGUUGGGAUGAAAUUCCAUUAAAUCAGAAUGAUGAUCCAAAAAUUAUUGUUCAAAAUACGAGUCAAAUUCUUAAACGGAAUAUUAUUGGAGAAAUUAUUGGUCGAGAAAAUAGAAUUUUACAUGUUAUACCGCUUGAUAUGAAAAUUAAUUUAGAUGAAAUCGAAUCAAAUUUUAUACCUUACGUUGGUGAUUGGAUUGUGCUAGAAACUUUUACCGAAGUAGAUGAAUCUGUUAGUGAUUUAUCUGGUAAUGUUUUAUCUGUAAAAUGUAUUUAUCCAUUACGUGCUAAACCUAUGGUUGGUACAGUCAAAUCAUGGGAUUCAUCUUUACAAGAAGGUACUAUCAACAACAAUAUUUAUUUUUGUAAAGAAAAUUGUGAAGCUGGGUAUAUGCCUGCUGUUGGUGAUAAAAUUUUAUCAGAAAUAAUUGAAAGUAAUCAAAAUUCAUGUUCAUGGCGUGCCUUAACAGUUUCUCCAGAUUUGUCUACCCAAAGUUCAAAAUCCAAUAACUUUAAUGAUUGUAAUAGAGAAUUUAAUGAAUUAAUUCAAGAUAAAAAUGGAAUAAUUAUUACCGAUGAAAGAAAUUUAGCAUUUUCUUCAAUACAUCUUAACGAAAAACGUCGUUUAAAAGUAACCAUUUUUAACGGAUCUAAUGAACAGCACAAAAUAAUUCGUUGUAGCUUUCAUAUAAAAAAAGCUCUGUCUCAGCUUAAUUUAUUAUCCCCUGGUGUAAAUGACGAAAUAAUUUUAAACCCCCAGGAGACUAUAUUUUAUGAAUUUGAAUGUCAAGGAAAAUUUUUGGGUAAAAGUCGCGAAUUAUUUGUAUUUACGUUUCGAGGAUUCAAAAUAGGACGUUGGUUUUCAAUUGACGUAAUAAAUGAUUUAACUUAUGAAAAUAAUUCUAAAUAUGUUCGAAAAAGUUAUGGAAAUUUAGCUAAAAAAUUAUCGGAUCGUGAAAAAAAAGAUGUAUUUCGUGGUGUUCGAUUAAUUAAACCUCCAGCAUUUGUUCCGGUUAAAUUAGGAAUGUAUAAUAUGCCGAAGAAAUUAUAUGAAACAAUUUUAAGUAAUGAGGAUAAAAAUAUCGAUGAAAUUAUUAUGGAUGUAGAAAAAAUUUUACCGUGUUUACAAAAUGAUUUAAAUUUUAAUAAUUAUAAUGAUCGAUUUCAUAAUUUGUUAUAUUUGGAGGAAAUUCAAAUGUCGGCUCAUAUACAAUCGUAUGACAUGGAGAGGGUACGAUUUAUUGUUAAUGGAGAAUAUUUAAUGUUAGAAAUACCAAAUUUAAACGAACGGCGGCCAUCUUUAAUGAUUGGUGAUCGAGUUAUAGUAAUUGAUCCAUGGAAUACGGAUUCACCGAGAUAUGAAGGUUUUAUCCAUAAAAUUCAAGCUCAACAUAUUUAUUUAAAAUUUAGUUCAAGUUUUCAUACAGCUUAUCAAGGUCAAGACUACAAUAUUGAGUUCACGUAUAUGCGAACUAGCAUGAGACGAUGCCAUCAAGCGGUUGGAUUAGCUGUAAAGAACUUAGGAAGUGAUUUUUUAUUUCCAAAAGGAGUCAAAGAAAAAGAACCACAAAUUAAUUGUACUAGCGAUACAAUUAAGUGGUGUAAUAAUAAAUUAAAUUUUCUCCAAAAACAAGCGAUUGUUAAUAUUUUAAAAGGAGUUGCUCGUCCAUUACCAUAUAUUAUAUUUGGACCUCCAGGUACGGGAAAGACUGUUACAUUAGUGGAAGCUGCAUUACAAAUAAUUAAAAUGAUCCCAGGUAGUCGAUUACUUAUAGCAAGUCCUUCAAAUAGUUCAGCAGAUUUAUUAGCUACACGAUUAUUGGAAUCCAAAAUAUUAAAUCCUGGAGAUUUAGUACGGCUAGUUGCAUAUAGGUGUGUGACAGAAGGAAUAAUACCAGAACAUUUACUUCCAUAUUGUGCAACUGCAGAUCUGGCGCGUGAAGGUACUGCGAGCUCCAAGGAAGCACUAAUUGAUGGGAUAAGAUUAGGAUGUUCAAGCUCCGUACUAGGAAGGCAUAGAAUUACGGUUGCAACUUGUAUUUGUUUAGGUCAACUGUAUAAUAUGGGUUUUGCAAAAGGACAUUUUACACAUGUACUUGUUGAUGAAGCUGGUCAAGCUACGGAACCAGAAAUAUUGAUACCUUUAAGUUUACUUCAUAUUCAUACUGGACAAGUUAUUUUGGCAGGCGAUCCACUUCAAUUAGGUCCAGUUGUGUUAUCUAAAAUAGCUAGCCAUUUUGGUAUGGAAGAAUCAAUGUUGGUUCGUUUAACACGUCGAUUUCCGUAUGAACGAGAUUUACGAGGAUUUCCUGUAACUGGUGGAUAUGAUCCUCGAUUAAUUACUCGAUUAGUUAUGAAUUAUAGAUCUGUUCCAGAAAUAUUGAAUCUUCCCAGUAAAUUAUUCUACGAUGGCGAGCUACAGCCUCAGAUUUCACAAAUAAGUGGUGCACAAGCCGAUAUAUUGAAAAUGUUUGCGAAUGAAUUACCACAGAGAGAUAAUCGUGGUCCACCAGCACUCGUCUUCCAUGGUGUGCGUGGGGAAAACUAUCAACAAAUGGAUUGUCCAUCCUGGUAUAAUCCACACGAAGUACUUCAAGUCUUUUAUUAUUUAACUCGUUUAUAUAAUGCUGGUAUAAAGGUGGAUGAUAUUGGAAUUAUUACACCAUAUACAAAACAGGUAAAAGAAAUUCGAAAACUAAUUAUUGAAAAAGACUUGGAUGUUCCGAAGAUUAGCAGUGUUGAAGAAUUUCAAGGACAAGAAAGAAACGUUAUCAUUUUAUCAACCGUACGAUCUACAUUUACAUUAGUGUCAAGUGACAUUAAACACUUUCUGGGAUUCAUAACCAGCCCACGAAGAUUAAAUGUGGCAUUAACAAGAGCACAAGCGCUACUUAUUAUUGUUGGUAAUCCACAUGUUUUAGCACUUGACCCCUUCUGGAGAAGUAUUUUGCAAUACUCUGUCGAAAAUAAUGCUUACGUGGGAUGUGAUUUACCUAUUGAAUAUAUUAAUGUUAAAAAUUUGUAA